CUUUCGUACGUGGAAAAGUCCAACACAGCACCAUGUCCUCAACCACAACCACCAUCGUAGCGAAGAAGGAAGACCCUUCACAGGCCACAGAGUCAAACACCACUGGAAAAUCAGCCAUCCAGGCCAUCUCACAAGGAGCCACCCUACCAGGCAUCCCUUCCUUUACCUCCGCGGACAAAAAGCGAAGAUGGAUGCUCGAGCACAUGGCUGGUGCCUUCAGAGUAUUCGCUCGCAAGGGUUUCUCCGAAGGAAUGAGCGGGCACAUCUCCUUGCGUGAUCCAGAACAUUCAGACUGCUUCUGGACGAAUCCACUCGGGCUCCAUUUCGGUUUAGUCAAGGUUUCCGAUCUCAUCCUACUAAAUCAUGCCGGCGAACCAGUCGGAGGCAAUCGAUCGCGGCCAGCCAAUGCCGCGGGCUUCCAGAUCCACGGCGUCCUGCACAAGAUGUAUCCGCAUGUGAACGCGGCGUGCCAUGCGCACUCGAAGUACGGUAAAGCGUGGUCGACGUUCGCCAAGCCUUUGGAUAUGAUCAACCAGGACGUUACUAUGUUUUAUGGUGAUGCGCAGGCUGUAUACCCCGAGUUCGGGGGCGUCGUGCUAGAGAAAGAGGAGAGUCUGCGGCUGGGUAGACACUUGGGUGACAAAGGGAAGUUGCUGAUACUGCGCAACCAUGGCCUUCUUACGGUCGGACAGACGGUGGAUGAAGCGGCUUAUCUGUUCACUCUGGCUGAGAGGAGCUGCGAAAUUCAACUGCAGGUGGAUGCGGCUGCUGCUCAGGGUUUGGAGAAGAAGCUUAUUGAGCCAGAAGCGGCUGAGUUUACGUUCAAGAUGACUAGUGACCCGGAGGCGUUGUAUCAUGAGUUCCAGCCGGAUUAUGAGAUGGAGCGGGCGCUGUGCAACGAUGAGUUUCUACAGUGAGUAUGGGUGCAUGUGGUUG